AUGGGCGGCAUCGUACUUUCGCUGACGCGCAUGACGCGCAUCCUCGAAGUGGAUGUGGAGAACCGCAUCGCGGUCGUGGAACCUGGCGUGAUUAAUCUCCACUUAACGGAGCAUGUGUCGCAGUACGGGUUGUGUUACGCGCCCGACCCUUCAAGCCAGAAGGCUUGCACAAUAGGCGGCAAUGUGGCGGAGAACUCGGGCGGACCGCACUGCCUCGCAUACGGAGUUACCACGAAUCAUGUGCUGGGCAUGGAAGUUGUCAUGGCGGACGGAUCUUUGCAAUGGGUCGGAGGGCGCGCCCGCGAGAUGCCGGGCUACGACCUGCGCGGCAUCAUCAUAGGCUCCGAAGGCACCCUCGCGAUUGUUACGAAGGUCAUCGUUCGGCUACUGCGCCAGCCAGAGGCGGUCAAGACGCUUCUUGCGGUCUUCCGUGAGCUGGACCAGGCGAGUGCGGCGGUGUCUGGCAUCAUCGCAGCGGGUAUAGUGCCGGCUGCCAUCGAGAUGAUGGACGACCUGUGCAUUCGGGCGGUCGAGCCUGCGGUGAAUGCGGGCUACCCGGCUGAUGCGGGGGCGGUGUUGUUGGUUGAAGUAGAGGGGCUGUCCGAGUCUGUGGAGGAAGAGCAGAGCGGCUUUCCCAUCGCCAACUUGCUGCAUGCGGGGGACGGCAACCUGCACCCUUCUGUCCUAUUCGACGAACGCAAGCCGGGCGAUACGCAGAAGGCGCUUGCCCUCGGCGGGGAGAUACUGAAGAUGUGCGUGGACGCGGGCGGCGUGCUGUCGGGCGAACAUGGCAUCGGGCUGGAGAAGCAGGAGUACAUGCCGUUCAUGUUCAACGAUGACGACCUGGAGGCGAUGGCGCGUCUGAAGCCUGCAUUCGACACGCGCGACCUGCUCAACCCGGCUAAGAUAUUCCCGACAGGCGCGUCCUGCAACGAAGUGGCAUUCGCCGGCGCUAUCGCUCGCGCGGGCGCAGGCGCGUGGAUUUAG